UCAUAUCUCAAUGCUCGGCCAAUGGAGCAUGAUAUUGUGCCGAAACCGAGAACCUUUAUGCAUAGCAUGGAAAAAAUAAUGCUGCAUUUUGGUUGUCAGAUCUCAAGUGAAGCAUUUGCUGUUCUCUGGAGAGGGGUGGAUGUUUCUGUGAAUUUUGGUAUCGGAAUGCGAAAAUUAAAUUUUUAUCUGUCUUAUCAACGAGUAGAAUACAGGCUUGAGCUCGCUUACGAAAAUAUUUGGCAGAUAGAACUCCAUCGUCCAUGCCAUCAAAGAGCAAAGUAUCUUCUGAUUCAGCUACUUGGUGCUCCCCGGAUUUUUGAGAAAGAAACACGCUUUUCUUAUGGUGAAUUUGAAGACCCUUUAUUUAACUUCUUUAAGGAUGACCCUGAUGAUAAAUGGGUCAGGGCAACAGAUUUCACUCCCUCAAACUGUAUUGGGCAGUCUGCUGGAUUAUGUUUAGAGCUUCCUUAUCGCCUUGAACUUCCAAACUUUAAGGAAAACUUUGGUUACUAUAAAGAAAGUGAUGGCAGGUUUGAUUUGGAAAUAAGUUCUGCCUAUUCUUGCAAUCACAGUUUGGUUCCAAUUGUUGGUCCUCCCUUUGGAAUUUACUUGCCAUAUGAGAUCUUGUUUAAGAUCAAUUUGUUGGAUCAAAAUGGGUGUCGUUUAAGGUGGCUCACUGAACAGUACCAAAAAUACCUCACAACCAGGAAUAAGCCAAGAUCAUCUGCUAUAACUUUGGAUGGCAGUUUGGUAUAUGUACACAGAAUCCAAGUAACACCUUGUAAAGUUUAUUUUUAUGGUCCAGAGGUUAAUGUCUCGAACCGUGUACUUCUUCACUACAGAGAUUAUAUUGACAAUUUUCUUCGUAUUUCUUUCAUUGAUGAGGAUUUAGAUAAAAUCCAUUCAAUAGCUGUAGCUCCACGUUCAUCUUCUGCAAAUGAGCAUAGGGGAACUGGAAUUUACACAAGGAUCCUUUCAACCCUACAAAAUGGUGUAGUUAUUGGUGAUAAGAAAUUUGAAUUUCUUGCUUUUUCAUCUAGUCAAUUGCGAGAAAACUCUGCUUGGAUGUUUGCUUCUACAGAUGGGGUCACUGCUGCACAUAUAAGGGAGUGGAUGGGAAAUUUUCGUCAAAUAAGGAAUGUGGCGAAGUAUGCUGCCAGACUUGGUCAAUCCUUUGGUUCAUCAACUGAAACUCUUAGUGUUCGUGAGGAUGAAUUUGAGGUCAUUCCUGAUGUACAGGUUACAACAGGUGGAACUGAAUAUGUAUUUUCCGAUGGUAUUGGGAAAAUUUCUGUUGAGUUUGCAAGGAGAGUGGCCCAAAAAUGUGGUAUUAAAGAUUGUCCUCCAUCUGCCUUUCAGAUUCGAUUUGGGAAGUAUGUUCAAGUAUCAUUGAGGAGAAGUAUGUUCAAGUAUCAUUCAGACAUCAUGAAACUGGAUGUUUUGGCAUGGAGCAAAUAUCAGCUUUGUUUUCUGAAUCGUCAGCUGAUUACUCUUUUCUCUACCCUUGGUGUUCAUGAUAAAGUUUUUGAGAAGAAACAAAGAGAAGCUGUAGAUCAACUGAAUGCUAUCUUAACAGAUCCACUACGAGCACAGGAGGCUCUGGAGUUGAUGUCGCCUGGAGAAAAUACUAACAUUCUCAAGGAAAUGCUCUUGUGCGGCUAUAAGCCAGAUGCUGAACCCUUCCUUUCUAUGAUGCUACAAACAUUCCGGGCAUCAAAGUUGCUGGAGUUGCGGACUAAAACAAGGAUAUUUGUUCAAAAUGGAAGAUCUAUGAUGGGAUGUCUGGACGAAACAUGAACUUUAGAUUAUGGGCAGGUGUUUGUGCAAUUCUCUAAAGCUGCUUCUCAGCAGCGUUAUUUUAUUGAGGGAGAGGUCGUUGUUGCAAAAAACCCUUGCUUGCACCCAGGCGAUGUUCUUGUUUUAAGGGCGGUGAAUGUGCCAGCUUUGUAUCAUAUGGUGGAUUGUGUUGUAUUCCCACAGAAAGGAAUGAGACCUCACACAAAUGAAAGUUCAGGAAGUGAUUUGGAUGGAGAUAUCUACUUUGUCUGUUGGGAUCCUGAAUUGAUUCCACCACGGCAAAUCUCACCGAUGGAUUAUACCCCAGAACCAAGUAUUCAGUUAGAUCAUGAUGUUACAAUUGAGGAAGUUCAGGAGUAUUUCACCAACUACAUAGUGAAUGACAGUUUGGGAAUUAUUGCGAAUGCUCACACUGCUUUUGCUGAUAAGGAGUCUGGCAAAGCAAUGAGCGACCCAUGCUUAGAACUAGCGAAGAAAUUCUCUAUUGCGGUUGACUUUCCAAAAACUGGUAUUCCUGCGGAAAUACCACCUCAUUUACAUGUCAAAGAAUAUCCUGAUUUCAUGGAAAAACUAGAGAAGCCCACCUACGAGUCACGCAAUGUGAUAGGAAAGCUUUUCUGAGAGGUGAGGGACAUAGCACCAGAUACAAGCCCUAUUAAGUCGUUCACUGGGGAAGUAGCAAGAAGGUCUUACGACCAUGACAUGGAAGUUGAUGGAUUUGAGGAUCACAUUGAAGAUACUUUCUAUUACAAAAGCAAUUAUGACUACAAACUAGGGAAUUUGAUGGAUUACUAUGGCAUCAGAACUGAAGCCGAAAUACUCAGUGGUGGUAUCCUGAAAAUGUCCAAAUCUUUCACAAAGAGAGGAGAUGCAGAAGCAAUUGGUAUGGCAGUAAGGGCCUUGAGGAAAGAAGCUAGAGCCUGGUUCAAUGAGAAGGGAAGUGGGUCUGAUUUUGAAGAUGAUGUGUAUGCAAAAGCGUCGGCUUGGUACCAUGUCACAUAUCAUCCUAACUACUGGGGCAGCUAUAAUGAAGGCCUGAAUCGCCAACAUUUUCUUAGCUUUGCGUGGUGUGUUUAUGACAAGCUGAUAGAGAUCAAGAGGGACAAAACAAGUCUGAGAAAUGCUCUAAGCCUGUCAUCUCUUCAGCACUCGCUCAGUCAUGGAUUGCUUUUGCAUUGAGAAAUUAUGCUUGUGUUGUUUUCUUUUACAAUGCUUAUAAAUAUGCGUGGUAUCUUGUAUAUAUUUGUGGCAACAGUCGGACUAACAACUGUACUCUGUUACAAGUGUUUCUGUAUUAUAAAGUAUAAAUGCUUCAUAAUCAAGAUUGAGACUGAACUGGAUUGCUGUAAAAAGUAUAUGAUUUUAUCCUUCUAAGU